AGUCGACUCCAACCGAAUCGAGCAAUGAGUCGAAUGAAAGCCGAAGCGAGCUGAGUGAACGGACUGUGAAGUCACGUGACAGUCACGUUAGUAAGCUCAAGAUGGCUCCUCUAGCGGAAGAACACUUCAGUUCAUUACAGCUCCUGUUAAAGGCUCCAUCCAAAGAUGUUGUGCGACAGAUAUGCGUGGACAGUUUCCCCUCGCGAGCGCACGAGUCACAGAGUCUGGUGGACGGCACCGCUCGAGCCCUGUCCGUGUCCAGUGCCGAGGCCAUGCAGGUGCUGACGGCAUUUCAUCUGCUUUCACAUCAUGUGGUGUUCCACGGUUUUACAGCACCAGAACAAAUCCAGUCUGUUUUCCCGGCCACGUUCCACUCGAACCUCAAAAACCUCAUCACUAAGAUCCUGCUAGAGCAAAGCGCGACAUGGAGAAAUGAGGCUUUGUCCAGUCAGAUUUCUCUGCCCCGGCUCGUAGAUUUGGAGUGGAGGGUGGACGUGAAGGCGGCGUCGGACUCCGUCAGCCGCAUGGCUGUGCCUACCUGCGUCCUGCACAUGAAGAUCCAAGACGGAGGCAAUGUGAGCAGCAGCACGAGCGAGUCUUCAGUCACUGUGGAACUCAGCAAAGAAACUUUGGACACGAUGCUAGACGGCCUGGGACGCAUCCGAGACCAGCUCUCCGCCGUGGCUGGGAAAUAAGACCCACGCGUCAUUACCUUUUUUUUUUUUUUUUUUUUUUU